AUGGUCAGUCUAUAAAUACAGUGCCCAACGUGAGCAACGCCGCCGUGCGAGCGAUCCGGGAGAUCGAUUCGGGCCAAUUCGCCGUAGUAGCCAGCCAGGGGUAGCAGGAGAAGCAGGAACCAGGAGGAGGAGGAGGUGCUAAGCCGGCGGAAAGAUGCCGCCCAAGCGACCGCCGCCGCUCGUGCCGAAGAAGCCGAAUCCCAGCAUGAACUACGAGGUGUUGAUCUACCUCAACUCGUUCUACUUCGGCAUGUUCGCCUGUUGCGAGAUGGCCAUGGGCCUCCUGAAGGCCAUCAAUCUGAGCUACACGGGACACACCCUGGCUCUGGACACGGGCGUGAUGAUUAGCUUCAUUGUCUUCGAGACGAUUCGCCUGAUAAUGGGGCGCGCGAGUUCGCUGGCCGAUCGAGGUUGGUCAGCCAUACUGUCGGUCUUCAUGACCGCACCGUGCUUCGUGGGCGUCUCCUAUUUGCUGCUCCUGCAGACCUACCGCCUGCGCCUGGAGUACUGCCUGUGCACGCUGCAGAUCGCCCUCUACCUGACCGAGGUGUGGUAUGCCAUCGUCUUCGUCUUCUCGCUGUGUCGUCCAGUAACUUAUGAUUAGUCACAUAGACAGCAAGCAUCAGCCAACCAGCAACAAAUAUACAUGCGAAUCUUUAGCAAUAUACAAGAUCGAGAAUGAAUACGAUGAAGUUGAGGUGUAAUGAAGUAUGUAGUGAGGAUGAAUUGAAAAUCAGGAGGCAGCUGAAUUGCUCAUGGCCGCGGAGGAAACAAAACAGAAACAAAAAAAACAUAUGUAGCAUAUUAAUACUUAUGUAUAGUAAGGUUUAUGAUAACAUACACACACUCUUAUAUACAUAUAUUUAACGGUUUUAUAUACAAAAAUUGUUAACAUUUAAGCAUCAAUUGGAACCAAUAUAAGACAACAAGCAAAAACUUAAA